CCUAAAACGAAAAACAUGAGUUGCGUGCCAUGGAAAGGAGACAAGGCCAAAUCGGAAUCAUUGGAGCUGCCCCAGGCAGCACCCCCACAGAUCUACCAGUUGUCUCCAAAUACCAUGGUGACACCCCACAAGAAGGGCAUGCUGGGAAAUGGGAACUACGAUGUGAACGUCAUCAUGGCAGCCCUUCAAACCAAAGGCUACGAAGCUGUUUGGUGGGACAAGCGCAGGGAUGUCAGUGUCAUUGCUCUCACUAAUGUCAUGGGCUUCAUCAUGAAUCUGCCCUCCAGCCUGUGCUGGGGUCCAUUGAAGUUGCCUCUCAAAAGGCAGCACUGGAUCUGCAUUCGAGAGGUGGGAGGUGCCUACUACAACCUCGACUCCAAACUCAAGAUGCCCGAGUGGAUUGGAGGCGAGAGCGAGCUCAGGAAAUUUCUAAAACAUCAUUUGCGAGGAAAGAACUGUGAACUCCUGCUGGUGGUACCGGAAGAGGUGGAGGCUCAUCAGAGUUGGAGGGCUGACGUGUAA